AUGGACGGUGUGCACAACCCGCAUGACGACUUUGUCAACUCGCAAUGGGUUGAGAUUGGGAUGCAGCAGCAACAGCAGCAGCACCAUAACCAUCAUGGACAGCAGCAGCAGCACCAGCAGCAGCAGCAGCAACCUGCUCCCAUACAUCCCCAGCAGCAACACCACCAGCAUCACCAGCACCACCCUUCUCAUGACUUUGGUGCCUAUGGCUUCGUGGAGUCACCGGGAUUCGUCCCUCAGGACCAGCAGUUCAGGCUUCAGGCACCUCCUGUCCCGAUAGCUCCCAACUACUUGGGUUUGUCCCAUUGGGGCCAAAAUAUGGUUCCCCCAGCUGCUUCGCACGCCCAGUUUAUGCCGUCGCCUGCAAUUGCUCCUCCCCCGGGUUCGGCGCCCUUGCCAAACAACGUGUCGGCACAUACUACUCAGUCGACUUCGAGCCCGAGGAGAACACUGACCGACGCGGAUAGGCGGAGAAUGUGUAUCUUUCACGAAGAGCACCCGAAUGUCAAGCAGACCGAGAUUGGAGCAAUGUUUGGGGUUGAAAGAAGUACUGUUUCCAAGGUUCUUCGACAAAAAGAGAAAUAUCUCUUCCCUGAUGAUGGGAGUAGAUCGCCAGUCAAACGUUCUAAAGGGAAAUUCCCCGAUAUCGAACGAGCAUUGGCAGUAUGGGCGAAAAACACGCGGAAGCAAGGCGUUGCCCUAACGGAUAUGAUGAUACGGGAGAAGGCGAAAUUCUUUGCGUCGAGUGUUGGGAUUUCAGACAGCCAGUUCAAAGCAAAUAGUGCGGGGUGGCUGGAGAAGUUCAAACACAAAAACAACCUGCAUGCAAAUGGCCGGGGAAGAUCGGAAAGCGACGUGACAGGCGCGGGAAGAGCUGCAUCAAUAGGAUUGCUCGGGUCACCGAGACAGGGACACGCGAGGACGGAGUCGACACCGAUGUUCAAGCAGGAGGGCGUCGGCCCACUUGGCUCGCCGUUGAUGCGGGAGUCUAAGAGUACGGAUAGUAACCAUACUGAGUCUCCAGAAUCCUAUAUGGAAUUCGGUGGGUUUAAGCAUCAGAUGCAAACACCAGGUUCGGCCAGCACUGCUACCUCCAUGUCAAGUAUGUUUACCGACACAGGCUCAUCCUUCACAGGUCCCGCUUCACCAACCUCGCCAUUCUUUUCUCCAGACGCCAGGGGAGAAAGGCUCACCAGUCCUGGUUACCCCCCGCAUGUUCGAAUUCCAGGUGUACAACGACCAAGGUCACAAACAUUCCAUGGUCUUGACUCGACAUAUAUAUCACCACCACCCUCAUCAGAGCCUCUCACUCCCAAGAUGAUAGGUCAAACCUCCCUUCAACCGUCGUCACUAGCUUCACCGCAGGAUAUGCCACAUGACACGCCAGCCUCAUCCCACACCACGAUAUCAGGACAGAGCGCACCGCAGACGCCUAUGGGUCCACCUAGCAGAGAGGAUGCUUGUAGGGCACUGGAAGUCGUCAUGUCGUUCAUGCGGCAGCAACCCGUGGGGUCCAUGUAUUCGGACGACUAUGUACUUGUAGGGAAAUUGCUAGGCAGAAUUGGCCUGGAUGGUGGACCAAUCGACGAAAACCAUGCCGGAUUCCCCGGGAUUGCGCCCUGA